AUGGAACCAGCUGUAUUUGGCACACAGAAUGUACUAAAUGCAUGUUUGAAGGCGAAAGUGAAAAGGGUUGUGGUUGUAUCAACUUGUGGAGCUGUUUUAUGCAACCCAACUUGGCCAAAAGAUCGGGCCAUGAAUGAAGAUUGUUGGUCUGACAAGGAAUUCUGCAAGUCAAUUGGGAAUUACUACUGCCUUGCCAAGACAACAGCAGAGACUGAAGCUCUGGAGUAUGCAAGGAUAACUGAACUUGAUAUGGUAACAGUUUGUCCAUCCAUUGUUAUUGGACCAAUGCUACAGUCUACCCUAAAUGCCAAUGGACAUGAAUCUUUGGAAGACAGAGAUCGCCCCUUUGUAGAUGUACGCGAUUUGGCAGAAGCACUUCUGCUGGCAUAUGAAAAACCAGAAGCAAAAGGAAGAUACAUAUGCACAUCAUAUUCGAUCAGAACUCAUGCAUUAGUGGACAACUUGAAGAGCAUAUGUCCUAACUACAACUACCCCAAAGGUUUCAUUGAAGUAGAAGAAGACAUAAAGCUGAGUUCAAGGAAGUUGCAGAAUUUGGGAUGGAAGUACAGGUCCAUAGAAGAGACUAUUGCCGAUACUGUCAGGAAUUAUCAAGAGAGUGGCCUCCUGAGUGCAGGAGGGUUCUUGGCAUCAUGGCUAGUAAAGUUUCUUCUUUCAGAGGGCUAUACGGUGCAUGGAACUGUGAGAGACCCAAGUGAUGAUAAGAACGCACAUCUGAUGAAGUUGGAAAACGCUACAGAGAAUCUGAAACUAUUCAAGGCAGAUUUGCUAGAUUAUGAAGGUCUAUAUGUUGCAAUCACAGGAUGUUCCGGGGUUUUUCACGUUGCUUGCCCACUUCCUUCAGAUCCUGCCAGCAAUAUUAAUCCCAAGCAAGAAUUGCUGGAAGCAGCUGUCACCGGCACAAGGAAUGUACUGAAUGCUUGCUCCCAGACCAAAGUGAAGAAAGUUAUUGCUGUGUCAUCUAUAGCUGCUGUUAUGCUAAACCCAAAUUGGCCGAAGGAUCAAGUGAUGAACGAGGAGUCUUGGUCUGACUUGGAAUUUUGUGAGGCAAAUAAGCAAUGGUAUUUUCUUGCCAAGACAAUAGCAGAAAAAGAAGCUUUGGAAUAUGCAAAGAGGAAUGAACUAAACGUUGUGACUCUCUGCCCCUCCAUAAUCAUAGGGCCCUUGUUGCAGUCAACCAUGAAUAGCAGUGGCUUAUACCUCCUAAGCUUCUUAAAAGGUGGAUGGGAAACAGCAGACAGUGGAACCCGUGCUUUUGUAGAUGUUCGCGAUACAGCUGAAGCACUCUUGCUGACUUACGAGAAGCAUGAAGCUGAGGGAAGAUAUAUAUGUUCAUCACAUGAUAUUACAACUCAGGAUUUGGUGGAAAAGUUGAAGGCAAUGUAUCCCCAUUACAACUACCCUAAGAGUUUUGCUGGAGGGAUGCCAUCAAUGGAGUUGAGUUCAGAGAAAUUGCUGAAUUUAGGGUGGAAAUACAGGUCAUUGGAGGAGACACUUGUUGAUGCUAUCAAGAACUAUGAAGAGAGAGGCUCCCUGAUAAAAAACGACUAG